AUGGACGACGCCGACGCCACCGCGACGCCGUCGAGCUACGCGCGGUCGAUCCAGACCAUCGACCACAUGACGCAGGCGUCCAGCAUCGACCUGCCGAACCGGCCGCCCGUGUACAUCCGCCGCGCGGACAUCAGCGCGAGCCUCGGGGCGUACGAGCGCCUGCUCAGCGCGUCCAAGGCGUAUACGGCGUCGAUGCUGGCCAUGUCUAAGGCGUCAUCGGAGCUCGCCGAGGCCCUCGAAGACUGCUCGCGCAUGAAGGGCGCGCACGCGAGCGGCCCCGCGCUCCAGGCCGCCUGUGGCCUGCACUACCUCAAGUCGAACUACGAGCAGGUGCUGUGCGACACGUUCUGGAAAGAGUUCUCGAUCCCGCUGCUGAGCCAGCUGGACGUGUACCGCACGAGCGUGCACGAGCGGCAGCACGCGCACGAGGCCACGCUGGCCGCACAGAGCCGCGUGCUCAAGGACAUCGAGACCAAGUACCAGAAGGAGGGGCGCAAGAAGAAGCGCGACCUGAACAGCUUCCGCACGAUGCUCACCGAGCUGCAGGACAAGGUCAACGAAAUGGAAGAAACCAAGGCACGCCACUACACGGACGUGCUCGACAACGAGGAGCAGACGUGGUCCUUCCUCGCGUCCAAAGUCAUGCUCCUCGUGCGCGCGCAAGUCGACAUCGCGGACCGACUCUCGGCGAAGGCGGUGACGGACCCCGUGCUCGAGUCGAUGAUGGCGAAUAUCCCCGACCCCUUUUGCUCGUACGGGCCACCGAAGCGCGACGGGGAGCUGUUCACGAUCCUCCAGCCCACGAGCGCCGGCCCUGAGGCGGGCACCGACACGCGCGCGCCGGCGCCCGGCCUGCCCCGCCGUGACUCGCGGGACGCGGGCGAGCCGAGCGACGAGGACCGCGCGCUGUUCCCGGCGCCGGACAGCGCCGAGCCGGACGGCACGCCGCCGCCGCCCGACACGCUCCGCACGCAUGUGCUGCCCUCGCAGCCGUCGUACCAGUCGCUCUUUGGAUACGCACAUUCCGCGGCGCACGAUGAUUCGGCGCCGAGCCCCGGUGAUACCCCGUAG